GGCAAACGGCCAGUGUUAAAAGAGGAAAAAGGAAAAUAAAGAGGAAGGUGCGUAAAACAAAAGAAAUAUCACCUUUUGGGAUUCUGGGUUAUGGCCACAGCUCUGCCAUCAACGGCAUGGCAUAAAUUAAAGCUUCAGCCGCAAUCUCCGAUUCCUCAGCGGCGGCGUCCCUUAUUAAUCCAGUCCUUUAGGCGGAGCGACUUCGACACCUUUGCUCGCCGCAUGGCUUCCGGUGAGGCCUGGAAGGACGCCUGGCGAACAGCCAACGACGGCUUCGAGCUACUCGUCUUCGAAGCUAAAAAGACGGCCGAACGCUUAGACCGUCGGUACUCCGUUUCCCGCCGAGUCUCCUCCGUCGUCCGAUCCGCCACUGACCGUGCUCGUGAGAUCGAUCGGGAGCUCGAGAUUGGACUCCGUUGGCGGACUUUUACUAUGGAUUUUAGUAGAAAUUGGCCUACGUACAGGAAGCAGCUAAAUGAUUUCUUGGAUACUCCAUUAGGAAGAAGUUUUGCUACAAUUUUCUUCCUUUGGUUUGCAUUAUCUGGAUGGCUGUUUCGAUUUUUAAUAUUUGCCACAUGGAUACUGCCAUUUGCCGGACCUCUUCUCAUUGGGGCUGUUGCCAAUAAUCUUGUUAUUAAGGGUGCUUGUCCAGCUUGUAAGAGACAGUUUGUUGGUUACAAGAACCAAAAAAUACGCUGUGCAAGCUGUGGAAACAUUGUAUGGCAACCAGAAGGGGACUUCUUCACUAGAGAUAGUGGGGGCACGAAUUCAAGAAAGUCAGAACCUGAAAUUAUCGAUGUUGAGUUUGAGGAGAAAUGACAAGAUGUUGUCAAAAUAGACAAAUGAUCUUUCGCUUUCUAUGGAGUCAAACGAGACUAAAAAGGCAUUUUUGCUCAUUUCUUCUGAUAUUUAGUUGCUUUGAAACUCUCCUGUUGUCAUUUGUGUCUGUACUGUAUAGUAUCAUUCUCAGUUGUAGUCACUUAUGUACAAUGAAACUUAAAAGAAAGAAAAUGCUAAUCUUUUGUUUAUAGAAAAUGUUUCAUUUCAGAGGGUCUAGCUUGUAAGUUUGAACUUUGAUGUCUGAAGCCGUUGUUGACAAAUGCUUUAUAUUUGUGUAAGAACUUUGCUUAUACUGCUUGAAGGUGGCAAGAACAAGGAGGAAUGGUCUAUCAGUGACAGAAGGACUUAAUGCCUGAAUGAACUUCAAUUGAAAUUUUUUAUUA